AAGAAGGUGUACACCCCUGAUAGAUAGUGUAUCCAUCACAAACAGAGCAGAAAGCCAAAAAAUAAAGAUGUCGGCGUCAUCAAUCACAUCAACUCUGCAGCAGUUGCCACGCACCUCUGGACUUGUUCGAGGCUCAGCAACUGUUUGCAUAUGGGGCUCUGCUGGAUACGCGGCCAGCAGUUCGUCGUCGUGCUGGCUCACUCAUCAGCAGAUGCUUGGAGGGCCUACCAAUGGAAAUAUACGGAAUGGAAACAUAAUGCAGCAUCUGAGAAGAAAUCCUGAAGGACACGGACGCCAACACCAGCACGAACAGCGGAGACAUCUCUGGUGGGACCCGACUCUGAACAGAAAGACUGGGCGUCCCGCUAUCUCCAAGUCCGAAGAUGUCUUCGUGAGCAAAGACAUUCCUGUGGUUCUGCUAAAAUUAAGGGUUAUAAUUUCCGAAUUUUUACAACAACCACAAAUAAUUAUUGCCACAUCUAUAAUUACCAUCCUUUAGCAGGAUGUUCGUCUGAAGAAUUAUGCAACUCGGCAACCUCUAAUGAAAGAUGUUCCCAGACUUGGCGUCAAGGGACAGAUUGUGAAUGUCCGGAGGGGUUUUGCGCGAAACCUUUUAGUGCCAUCUGGAGUUGCGGUCUAUGGAACGAUGUGGGAGAACAUCGAUCGUUAUGCGGAUCCUGCAGUGAUAUCGAGAGCAGAGGCGACAGCACGUGCAAUAGAUGCAGAAAAAGAAGGACAUCCCAUGGAUUGGAUUGGAGAGUACUACUUCCUCUGCGUUUUUUUAUGUAUGAAGAAGUGCCAGGUGACUAUUUGGUCGUUCUCGUGAAGUCACAAGACCGACAGCAGAUCAAAAUAUCCGAAAAGAUCAUAAUUUCAAGCGUCAAACUCUGCUCUUCUUUUUUCGCGGCUCAAAAACAAAUGAUGACACCAAUCUAAACCUAAUUCUCCGCUGAGCUCAAAAGAGCGAUGAGGAGACUCGUCAACUCGUAUUCGUACUGUCUGAAGUUCAAAAAAAAGACACGACGACUCUGAGAUCAUGAAGAGCUCCUAAGAUCAACUACAAACAUGAACAUCAAAAACAUGAUGAUAACUCACAUACAUAGAAUCACUCCACUCAUAGGGACUAUACGUUGCCAGUGAUGAUUCUACACACACAUGCACUACCAUCUGACACCUACAAAGAAGUUCAGAGAAAGAUCCGGCUCUCCCUGUACUUUUAGAUCUUCUUCUUGAGAUAAAAACUCUUCCCCUCUCUCUCGCUCGCAGAUGCCAUAAAAACUCUGCUCUGAUUUCCUGCUCUUUCUAUGUCCGCGUGGUCCCUACUUUGUCAUCGCCUUGUUCCUCCAGUGCUCCGCCACCGCCCUUCUCCUAAUUGUUCCAACACACCUUGUACUUGUUCCCCACAUCCCCGUGACAGAAUCUCUCUCCGCAUCGUUCGUACCACUGUUGACGAUGGGUCCGGUCGUCUAGAAAAGCCCUUGACAAUCUGGAAUUUCCUAAACAUGCUGUCGCGAGAACAUGACCUUGACUUACUUCCGGAGAAUAUCCUAGAGGACUUCGCAGAUUCUGGGGAUCCUCCAGAUUCUUUGGUAUUUGAAAGUGGAGUCGCGGGUGGAGAAGAAAGCGAUGCUGGUGCUGGGACGAGUGGAAGCAGAAGUGCUGGUGGCGUGAGUAAGACGAAACGGCCCUUAAUUACAAGCACAACAACUUCUACUAGUACAGCAGAUUCCACUGAUGCUCUCGUAGAAGUACCAACACCUUCAGAAGACGAUGAAGGUGUAGUUGACGUGAUUACAUCAACAAGAUCCUCGUCCUCGUCUGUGAGGAACAAAUUCGAGCACAUCGGCGUCCACAAAAUUGCUGUAGAAAUACCACUUCGACAACGCGCUAGACGGUAUGAGAUUCAGUUGGAGAUUUUGUCUCAAAGCCAGGAAAUGGAAGCUCUACGUGCAGCCGAGGAGGAGAGAAAGAAAAACGAGAAGCCGCAAUUUCUCUUAGGUGUCAGAGGACGGACAAUGACUGGGAAAAUGAAGCUAGAUUAUGGUGAUACUGCAUUGGAAGAAGAGGAGGAUAUGUGGUGACGGAUGUGAGCGUCGUUGGUUGAUGUAGUGAUCACAUAUAAUUAUAGGCGGUCGGCGAGUCGUGUCCGGCUACAACUUGUCUAUGAAUAUAUGGGAAAUGCCAGCAUGACGGUGUUGCCACGUAC